AUGAAUUCGAAGGGCAAAAGGACUUUAGGUACAUGUUAUAAAAAAUAUAUGAAAGGUCCAAUUUAAAAAAUUAACAAGCCGUCAAUUGAUUUUGAGUCAGCUCUGAAGGAACAUCGGGAAGUGGAAGAAAAAAUAAAAAUGGAAACUGACACACAAGAUCCAAGGUAUAUAAAGUAACAUAUAUAUAUAAGAAAAUUUGUAAUGAAUCUAUUGAAUGAUCGUGAUAAUUCAUUAAUAAUGGAUAAUUCUCUAACUCAUUCAUAAGUGGCUGUAAAAAAGAAAGUAUUUUUUUGAUAUUUAAUUAAAUAGGUGUACAUACGUUCAAGAUAAGUAAAGAGUUAAGUGCCAUUCAUUUAAGGAUAGACAAAAAACAAUUCCCAAAUAUAAUUUGCAUCUCCUGCAUAAAGUUUAAAGUUUGACUUUGAUUUGAAACCAGAUUUCAUUUCCAAACGAUCAAAUUUUGUUCCAAAGUUUAUAAAUUCAGGAAUAAAUUUUGAUGUAGAAGUAAGAGGAACACUUGGAGAAGAGUUUACUGAAUUUCAGAUGUGUAAUAAAAUAAUUCAAUAAUUUAGAUGACAAUGAUUCAUAACCAGAAGACAUUCCAAAAAAUAAAAAUUUUUCUUAUGGAGGAAGAAUGACAAAUAAAAAAUUAAAAGAAUAUGAUUGUUGGGAUGAAGAUAAGACACCUUAAGAAUGGAUAGAAAUAUGUAAAAAGAGUAAUCCUCCACAUGCAAAAUGUCCUAUGUUUGAUUAAUCAGAUAAAUAUAUUUGGACAGAUGUUGAAGUUUUAGGUUAUGAAAAUGGUAAAUAUGAGGUAAAAAUAUUAAGAUCAAAUAAAAUAAAAAGAAUAGGCAGAUUAUCAUUAUAAUUUAAUUAAGAAGAUCCUGUUAAAUUUGAAUAAAGAGUUGAAUUAUGUAAAUAAAGAUAAAAGAAUGCUGAUGAUGAAUUUAGAUUCUUAAAAUAUGUGGAUUCUUUACCUGAUUCUAUGACAUCAACUUUAUCUCUUGAAAUGUAGAAAAAGAUUGAAGAAUAUACAGUAUUUAGAGAUUUGUAAUAUCUAACAAAAGAAGAUCCAAGUAAGAUAGCUCCAGGAUUCCCAUAGAUUUAAAAUUUCAAAGAUGAUUUGAAAUAAAUGAUUACAGAUCCAGAAAUUAGAAGAAAACAAAUGUAAAAUCUUGAUUUGCUUAAAAAAGAUUUAGUAAAAUAAGUUUAAAAAGAAUAUAUUAUGCUUAUGAAGAAAUGUUCAAUACUAAAAGAUAUGGAAGUUAAUAAGAAUGAUAUUAAAUGGAUUUAAUUAAGAAUUAAGAAUAGAUUUGAAUAAACUAAAAAACCAUAUUUUGGAUUAACUAAAUAAUUUGCAAAUGAUACUAAAAUUCUUAGUUUUGAAUCUUUAGGAUAAUAGAUAUAAAAACAAGUGAAAGUUCAAGAUAAUUGGACAUUUGUUGCAAUCAGAUAAAAUAUAUCUCAAUUACAUUAUUCCAAAUUUACUGUUGUUGUUAAUACUUUAAAUGCUUUAACAGCAAGAUCAUAAUUAUAUUAGAAUUUCCCACUUUUAAAUGUAUUGCUUAAUUAUUAAUCAUUACCAAUGACUUUAUCUAAUUUUGAAAGUUAACAAAAAUAACAUAAUAUCUAAGGAAGAUAAACUUUAUAAGUAUAAUGGCGUAGUACUAUUGUUGGAGAUAUAUAAGAUAAAUUAAGAGAAAAAUAUAGAUUUUAUUAAACUGAAACUGAAGAUUAUUUGGAUAGUGAAUUGUAAAAAUUACUUAUUAGAAUUGAUUAUAUGUUUACUAAUUAUAUUAGAGAAAAUGUUGUUAGAUAAACUUGUUAAUCAUGGAUUGAUUUUUUAAAGAAAUUCACAACUCCAAAAGAAGGAGAAUAAUGGAAGAUUAAUGAUUAUCCAUUAUUAAUAUUAAAUCUUGAAGUUAAUCUCAAUUUCAAGAAAAGUAAAAAGAAUGAUAAAAAAACUAAAUAAGAUGAUAGUACACCUUUAUUUGAAGAAGAUCCAAAUAGUGCUAUUUAUUUUUCUCCUAAUUUCUCAGCAAUUUAAUAAGGUUUGUUAAAGCCAAUUGAUCUAUUAUUAGAAUCAGUAAAUUCAUUUAAUAGACUUGAAAAAGAUUUGGUUCCAUUAGUUGAUAUUGAUUAGAAAAAAGAGGUUAAGGGAAGAUUGAGAGCUUAUGAAAUUGAAAAUGAUAAGGAUUAAAUUUGGAUUAAAUGGGCUAAAGAUAAGGUUUUAGAAUAUUUAGAGAUUGGUUAUUAAAAACCAAAUUAAAUGUUAUAAAAAUUCAGAGAAUUUAGUUUCUUAUUAGAAAAAUCAGUUCAAAGUGUUUUAAAAAGUUUAUUUGGAGAUAUAUCAAAAAAACCAAUUAUAACUUAAUUGGAUAAAGAUGAAAUAUAAAAAAAAUUAUCUGAUUUUAUUAAUGCUAAAUUUUAAAUACAAAGAUUAUGUUUGGAUGAAAAGAAUGAAUAAUUUUUUUAAAUAAGAACUAGAAUAGCUAAAGAAAAUUUGAUAUCAAAAGCUAAUGAAUUUAUCACAUCUAUUUUAAAAUAAUGUUCAGAUAUAGUAACAGAUAAUAUAACUCGUUUAAGUUAAGAAUAUAGUGAUAUGAGUGAGAGAAUUACAAAAUAACCAAAAAAUGAAGCUGAAUUAAUUGAAUUAAAAUCUUAUAUUGCAGAACAUGAAGUUAAUUUGGCAAAAAAGAAAUAAGAAGUUGAUUGUAUAUAUGAUUAUUUGACCAUGUUUGAAAAUAUGAGUCAUAAUUUUGAAGAUAAAAAUCUUUAUGAAUUUUGGUAUUUAUAUAGUUUUCCUCCUGAAAUUAAAAAUCAUGUAAUUGAAGGUUAGAGAAAGGCUAAUUUAUAAGAGUAAAAGUUUAUGGAAAAUUUAGAUAAUGAGAAAGAUAAAUUUUAAGGAGAAUUAAAAGAAUUAACAUAAUUAUUUUUAACCGUAUAGAAAUUUGAUGACUAUUCAAGAGUUAAAGAUUUUGCUAAUGAUGUUGUAUCACUUAAUGAUCGUUUCUAAAAUGCAUAAAAAAAAGUAGAAUCUUUUAAUGAAAGAGAAAUAUUAUUCAAAUAAUAACCAUCAGUAUAUGAAGAUUUGAAUUAAUUGAUUAAAGAUUUCACUAUUUAUUUUAAUUUGUGGACUAAUGCUAUAGAAUUUGAAUAUGAUAGAAGUGAUUGGUGUACAGGAUCAUUUUUAAAACUUAAUUUUACUGAAAUUGAAAAUAAAGUAAGAACAAACUAAAGGAAUGCAAAUUUAUUAAUAAAAGCUUUUUCAGAUGCAUAAGAUGAUAUUGCAGUAGAAGUAGCACGUAAAUUAAAAGGUUAAGUUGAUGAGUUUAAAGAGAAGUUAUGGUUAAUUGAAUUAUUGACUACAGAAGCAAUGAAGACUAAAUUAAAUAUGUGGAAAGAUAUAUGGAAAGUUGCUGGUGUUUAAGAUUAAGAAACAAAUGAUGAUUUAUCAUUAGAUGCCUUAGUUUCUCAUGGUUUAAUGAAUUAUAGAAAUGAAAUAGAAGAAGUAUCAAGGAGAGCUGAAAAGUAAUGGUAAAUUGAAAAAAAUCUAAAUUCAAUUCAAGAAAAGCUUAAAGAUUAAAAAGUAGAAAUGAUUCCAUACAAAAAGACAGGAACAUUUGUAUUGAAAUCAUUAGAAGAAGUUAUUUAAUGUUUUGAUGAUUAAUUCAAUAUUUUAUUGAUGUUAAAGGCAUAACCAUAAAUUAAAGCUGUUUUACAUAAAGCAUAAGCUUUAGAAUAAAAGAUAGUAUUAAUUUAAGAUACAUUGGAUGGUUGGAUAAAAUGUUAAAGAGGAUGGAUGUAUUUGGAACCUAUUUUUACAUCAGAUGAUAUUAAGAAGAAAAUGCCAUAAGAAACUUUAAAGUUUUAAAAGGUUGAUUCUCAUUGGAAAACUGUAAUGGAAUAAUUUAGCAAAGAACCUAAUCUUUGGGAUGGAGUAGAUAGUGAUAAGAUGAAAAAUGAAUUUGAUUAAGAUAAUAAAGCUUUGGAUUAGAUUUAGAAAUCUUUAAGUGAAUAUUUGGAAACAAAACGUAAUUCAUUUCCAAGAUUUUAUUUCCUAUCAGAUGAAGAAUUAUUAGAAAUAUUGGCAUAAACUAAGGAUCCAGAAACAGUAUAAAAACAUAUUAAUAAAUGUUUUGAAGCAAUCAAUUUAUUAGAAUUUGUUAAUGGAUAGGAAGUAGUAGCAAUGAUUUCAGCAGAAAAAGAAAAAGUACAAUUUUCAAAAGGAAUUAAUGUUAAUGAAGGCGAAAAGAAAGGUAAUGUAGAAAAAUGGUUAUGUGAAAUUGAAUCUGUUAUGAUAGAUACAUUAAAGAAAAUUAUGAAAGCCUCACAUUUGGAUAAUGAUACAAAGAGAGUUAUUUGGGUUAGAAAAUGGCCUGCUUAAAUUGUAUUGGCAGUAAAUAUGAUCAGAUGGACUAGAGGUAGUGAAUUAGCUAUAAAUGAUAAAGAAAAUUAAUAAGGAGGAUUGGCAGGAUUUUUAUAACAAUUACUUAAUGAACUAAGAGAUAUUGUAGAUUUGGUUAGAUAAGAUUUAUCUCCAUUAGAGAGAUUAACUCUAGGUGCACUUGUUGUUUUAGAUGUACAUGCUAGAGAUGUUAUUAGAUAAUUAGUAAAGAUUGGUUGUAAUGAUAUUAAUAAUUUCUAAUGGAUGGCUUAAUUAAGAUAUUAUUGGACUGAAUAAUUGAUGAAAUGCAAUGUUAAAAUGAUAAAUGCUGACUUAUUAUAUGGAUAUGAAUAUUUGGGUAAUAGUAUGAGAUUGGUCAUUACACCUUUAACUGAUAGAUGUUAUCGUACAUUGAUGGGUGCAUUCCAUUUAUAGUAUGGUGGUGCACCAGAAGGUCCAGCAGGAACAGGAAAAACAGAAACUGUUAAAGAUUUAGCUAAAGCAUUGGCAGUACAAUGUGUUGUGUUUAAUUGUUCUGAUGGUUUGAACUAUUUAGCUAUGAGUAAAUUCUUUAAAGGAUUGGCAAGUUCAGGAGCUUGGUGUUGUUUUGAUGAAUUCAAUCGUAUAGAUUUAGAAGUGCUCUCAGUUAUUGCUUAAUAAGUGCUUACUAUUUAGGAUGCUAUUAGACAGAAAAGACCAGAAUUUGAAUUUGAAGGCACUUUAAUAAAAUUGAUUCUUUCUUGUGCCAUUAAUAUUACAAUGAAUCCAGGAUAUGCAGGUAGAUCUGAUUUACCAGAUAACUUAAAAGCUCUAUUUAGACCAUGUGCUAUGAUGGUUCCAGAUUAUGCAUUGAUUUCAGAAAUUUAUUUAGCAUCUGUAGGAUUUUAAGAUGCAAAUAAUUUAGCACGUAAAAUUGUAGCAUCUUUAAGAUUAUCAUCUGAAUAACUAUCAUCUUAAGAUCAUUAUGAUUUCGGUAUGAGAGCUUUAAAAGCUAUUUUGACAGCUGCAGGUAAUUUAAAAAGAGUUAUGAAUGAUAUUGAAGAUAUCAUAUGUUUAAGAGCUCUUAUGGAUGUCAAUAUUCCAAAAUUCACAAUAAAUGAUGUUCCUUUAUUUAAUUCAAUUACAUCUGAUCUAUUUCCAGGAAUCAAAUUACCUGAAUAAGAUUAUGGUGCUUUGGAAACAGCACUUAAAACUACAGCUUAAGAAAUUAAUAUUCAAGCAGAAAAAGGAUUCAUUGAAAAGUGUAUUCAAUUAUUUGAUACUAUAAAUGUUAGACAUGGUUUAAUGAUUGUAGGAUAAGCAUUUGCAGGUAAAUCCAAAGUUUUGGAAUGUUUAGCUAAAGCCAUGUCAUCAUUAAAUAAAGUAUAAUCUUUUGUGAAUGUUGCUGUUAUCAAACUUAAUCCAAAAUCUAUUACUUCAGAUCAAUUAUAUGGUAAAUUGGAUCCAGAUACAAAGUCAUGGACUGAUGGAGUCAUAGCUAUUAUAAUGAGAUAGUGUGCAUAAGAUUCAGAAGUUGAAGAAAGAAAAUGGGUUGUAUUUGAUGGUCCUGUUGAUGCAGUUUGGAUUGAAAAUAUGAAUACUGUAUUGGAUGAUAAUAAAAAGUUAUGUUUGACAUCUGGUGAAAUCAUAAAGAUGACAAAUUGGAUGACAAUGAUGUUUGAAGUUGAAGAUCUAGCUGUUGCAUCACCUGCUACUGUUAGUAGAUGUGGUAUGGUCUUUUUAGAAACACAAUAAAUAGGAUGGUAUGCAUUAGUAAAAUCAUAUAUACAAACAAUUCCUGAAAAAUUUAUAGAACAUCAUUAUUUAGAUGAAAUAUUAAGAGUUAUUAUUGAUUGUAGUUAGGAAUGGUUAAGAAAGAAUGGUAAAUUCCCUAUUUAUAAGAGUGAAAUGACUUUGGUGAAAAAUAUGUUACUCAUACUCCAAACUUAUUUACAAGAAUGGACAGAUAUGGAUGAAAAAGCUUAAUAAAAAUAAAUUAAUCAUAAUGAAAUUAAGGAUGUUAUUUCAAAGGCUAUUCUAUUUUCUUGUGUUUGGAGUUUCGGAGCAGCUAUAGAUGAAGUAUGUAGAAAAUAAUUUAAUUAAUUUUUGAUUAAAUUGAUUUCUGCUGAAGAUGUACAUGAAACAUUUAACUUACAAUUAUAAUAUAAGUUUUCACCCAUUACUAUUAAUGCUAAAUUGCCAGAUAAAGCUAAUCUUUUUGAUAUGGUGUAUGAUAGAAAUAAAAAUAAUUUCAUUAGUUGGACUUAAACAUAACCUCCAUUUGUCAUUCCAAAAGGAUGUGAUUAUCAUGAUUUACUUAUUCCCACUAGUGAUUCUAUUAGAAAUAAUUACUUCUUGCAUUUAUGUGUAAGAAAUAAGAUACAUUUAUUAGUAUCAGGACCAACUGGUACUGGUAAGACAUCUAACAUUGUUAGUGAAAUCAAUAAAAAUUAUUUUAAUACAGAAUAUACUAAUUUGAUAACUGCUUUUUCAGGAUAAACUUUAGUUAAUUAAGUUCAAAAAACAAUAGAAGCAAAGGUUAAUUCAAGAAGAAGAAAGGGAUAUUUUGGACCUGAAGAAGGAAAGAAAUAUAUUGUGAUUUUUAUUGAUGAUUUGAAUAUGCCAGCCAAAGAAAAGUAUGGUGCAUAACCUCCAAUAGAAUUAUUAAGAUAAUGGAUGGAUACUGGAGGAUGGUAUGAUUUAGAAACUAAGGAACAAAAAUUCCUUUAAGGAAUUACUUUUAUUGCUAGUAUGUUACCACCAACAGGAGGAAGGAAUGUAGUUAGUAUGAGAUAUUUAAGACACUAUGUUUUAUUGUAUGUUGAACCUUUUGAAGGAGAUUCAUUACAACGUAUAUUUUAAAAUGUGUUGGAAUGGUAUUAUGCAAGAUAGACUAAUCCAUUUAUGAAAUCAAUUACAAAUCUUAGAGAUUCAACUGUUAAUGCAACUCUUGAUAUUUAUUAAUUAAUCUAAACUUGUAAGGAACUCUUACCAACUCCAGCUAAAUCACAUUAUAUAUAUAAUCUUAGAGAUAUUAGCAAAGUGUUUUAAGGAAUUUCUAAAGGAAUUAUAAAAUCUUUCAGAGAUGAAAAUGAUUUUAUAAAAUUAUGGGCACAUGAAUGUCAACGAGUAUUUUAGGAUAGAUUAAUUAAUGAAGAUGAUCAAGGAACUUUUGAUAAGAUUUUAAAGGAAACUAUAUUCAAACAUUUCAAACGAGAUUGGAAAUAAUUAGUUUAAAUAGAGCCACUUUUAUGGGCAUCAUUUGUUCCUACUCUCUAUCCUGAUGAUGAUAGAACAAAGAGACCAUUAACAGAUAUCUAUUGUGAAUUAACAGAUAGAGAAACUCUUAAGAAAGUAUGUCAAGAAUAAUUAAAUGAAUAUAAUUCCUAAUAUACAAGUAAUAGAAUGGAAUUAGUGUUAUUUAUGAAUGCAAUCUAACAUGUACUUAAGAUAGUACGUGUGGUUAAUACAACAUUUGGUCAUGCUUUAUUAGUUGGUGUAGGAGGUUCUGGAAGAAAGAGUUUGGCUUAAUUAGCUUCAUUUAUUGCAUUCCAAAAUGAAACAUUAUAAGUUGAUUCAAGAAAUUGGAUAGAAGAAUUAUAGAAGGUAAUGAAGAUGGGAGGAAUAGAUUAAAAAGAAUUUGUGUUUAUGUAUUCAGAUACUUAGAUAAUAAAAGAAUCAAUGGUAGAGGAUAUUUGUAAUAUCUUAAAUAAUGGUGAAGUACCAAAUUUAUUCCCUCCUGAAGAGAAAAGUAAAAUCAUUGAAGAAAUGAGUAGUUAUACAUCUGGAACUCCAAAUGAGAAAUAUGGUUAUUUUGUAAAGUAAUGUAAAAAGAAUUUACAUCUUGUAAUUUGCAUGUCUCCAGUUGGAGAAGCAUUUAGAAGAAGAUUACGUACUUUUCCUGCUUUGGUUAAUUGUACAACAAUCGAUUGGUUUUUGCCAUGGCCAGAAGAAGCUCUUAGAUCAACUGCUGAUGCUGUAUUUACAAGAGAUAUGAACAUUGUUGAUACUAAAUUGAGAUUAGGUUUAGUAGAUAUAGCAGUUGAUAUGUAAAUUAGAGUAUCUGAUUUAACCAAAAGAUAUUAUAAUGAAUUGAGAAGAUAUUAUUAUGUUACACCAACAUCUUAUUUGGAAUUACUAAACACAUUUAAAAGAUUGAAAUCAGAUAGAGAUUAAAAUAUGUCCAAAAUGAUAUCCCGUUAUGAAGCAGGUGUAGAUAAGAUUAUCAUUACAGAAAGUGAAGUAAGCAAAAUGUAAAAGGAAUUGGAAGAUUUACAACCAAAAUUGGAAUAAGCUACAAAGGAUAAUAGUAUAAUGUUGAUUAAUUUGUAAAAGAAAUAAAAAGAAGCUGAUGCAAGAAAGUAAGUAUGUUAAUAAGAAGAGAAAGAUUGUAAUGUACAAAGAGAUGCAGCAAAUGCUUUAAGAAAUGAUUGUUAAAAUGAUCUAGAUAAAGUGUUACCUAUCUUAGCUUAAGCUGCUGAAGCAUUAGAAAAGAUUGAUAAAAAUGAUAUGGUACAAUUGAAAUCAUUUCCUAAACCUCCUCCUUCUGCUGCUAUUGUCAUGGAAGGUUUAUGUUACAUCUUUUAAGAAGAUUAAAAUGUUCCAUGGAAACCAAAGGAACCUGGUUCAAUGGAAAAAGUAUAAGAUUUUUGGGAAUAUUCUAAAAAGAAUCUUUUGAAUGAUAAAUUGAUUAAAAGAAUUAAAGAUUUCAGAGAUGAUUCAAUUAGAUAAAUUCCUUAAGUUAAGAUCAAUAAAUUAAAAGCAUUUUCAUAAAAUCCAUUAUUUUAAAAGGAUAAAGUAUUUAAUGCAUCUGUUGCAGCAGGUAAUCUAAGUUUAUGGGUACGUGCUGUUGUAGAAACCUAUGAUGCAUUAUUAGUUGUUGAUCCAAAAAGAUAAUAAUUAUUGGAAGCUGAAUCAAAAUUAAAGGAAGCUGAAGAAACUCUUAGAGUAAAACAAGAAGCAUUAUAAGAAGUGCUUGAUAUGUUGGCAAAAUUAGAAGCUGAAUAUAAUAAGGCUAAAUAGGAAAAAGAAGAUUUAGAAGCAAAAGUUAAUAAGUGUAAAAUUUAAUUGAGUAGAGCUGAGAAAUUAAUUACUGAAUUAGGAGGUGAGAAGGAGAGUUGGAAAAAGAAAGCUGCUGAUUUUAGAGUUGAUUCUAAAACAAUUGUUGGUGAUUGUAUAUUAUCAUCAGGAAUUGUGGCAUAUUUAGGAGCAUUUCCAAUUGCCUAUAGAGAUGAUACAAUAAAAAUAUGGUAGAAUUUAUUAGAAAAAUUAAAAAUUGAAUUUGAUCCUGAAUUUUCAUUACAAAAGAUUUUAUGUGAUCCAAUAACAAUGGGAUAAUGGACAAAUGUUUAAAAAUUACCAAAUGAUUCUUUCUCAAUUGAUAAUGCUAUUAUUUUGAAAAAUUCAACUAGAUGGCCAUUAAUGAUUGAUCCUUAAACUUAAGCUAAUACAUGGGUUAAACAUAUGGAAGCCUAACAAUUAGUUAUUGCGAGACCUACAUAAUCUUAAAAUGUAUUAUCAAAAACUUUGGAAAGUGCUAUAUAAUUUGGUUAGAGUGUAUUGUUAGAAAAUGUAGGUGAAACUAUUGAUGCUAUUUUUGAAUCUAUUCUAUAACAAAAGAUAAUUAAAUAAGGUUCAGCUUACAAGUUGAAAUUUGGAGAUAAAAUGAUUGAUUAUUCCAAAGAUUUUAAGUUUUACAUGACUACUAAAUUGGCUAGACCUCAUUAUCCACCUGAAAUUUGUGUUAAAGUUACAAUGCUUAAUUUCUAAGUUACUUAGGAAGGUUUGGAAGAUUAAAUGUUGAAUAUUGUUGUUAAAAUUGAAGAACCUGCAAAAGAUGAAUAAAGAUAAAGAAAUAUUAAAGAAUUCUUUGAAAAUAAAAAUAAAUAAAAAAUGACAGAAGAUAAUAUUUUGUAAUUAUUGCAAGAUUCAAAAGGAAAUUUAUUGGAUGAUGAAGUAUUGAUUGAUACUCUGUAGAGAUCGAAAGCAGAAUCAAUAACAAUUUAAGAUAAAUUAAAAAAAUAAGAAUAGGAUAGGGAACAAUUUAAUUAAAUUCGUAAUUUCUACAAAGAAGUUGCAAAGAGAGUUGCAAAUUUGUAUUUCGUUGUUUUGGAUUUAUCAUUAAUUGAACCUACUUAUUAAUGGUCUUUAGAAUUCUAUAUUAUAUUAUUUGAGAGAGCCAUUAGAGAAUCAAUUUAAGGAAAGGAGAAUAGAAGCAAAAAUAUCAUAGAUAAAUUUUAGAUAUCUUUAUAUGAAAGUAUUUGUAGAUCUCUUUUGGAGAAGGAUAAAUUGAUAUUUUCAUUUUUGAUGACAAUGAAAGUGAUGUAAAGUGAAGGAAAGAUUAGUCCAUAAGAAAUACGUUUUACAAUGGUUGGUGGAACAUAUACAGAUUCCACAUAUCCAUAACCAUAACCAGAAUGGAUAUCUAGAAAGAUGUGGUGUUUAGUAACUGAAGCAGCUGAUACUCUACCAUUUUUCAAAGGAUUCCCAGAAUCAUUCUCUAAAAAUUUAGCUGUUUGGCAAGAAAUCUAUGAUAGUAGUGAACCAUAAACUUAAUAAUUACCAGAACCUUGGCAUUCAUAAUUAUCUGCUUUUUAAAAAUUGAUUGUUUUACGUAUCAUAAGACCGGAUAAAUUUGCAAACGCUACUUAGAAUCUUAUUAUUACAGAAAUGGGCAAAUAAUUUAUGGAUCCUCCUCCAUUCAAUUUAGAAUAUGCAUACAGAGAUGCUGAUGCUUAUACUCCUCUAAUAUUUAUAUUGUCUCCAGGUGCUGAUCCUCGUUUAGAAAUAUCAGCAUUAGCUGAUCGUUUAGGAUUUAGAUAGAAUUUCAUCACACUCUCUUUGGGAUAAGGUUAAGGAGAAAUUGCCACAAAUGCUAUAAAAGGAGCUGUUAAAGAUGGAAAAUGGGUUUUAUUAUAAAAUUGUCAUCUUGCACCAUCAUUUAUGCCUGAAUUAGAAAGAAUACAUGAAUAAGAAAUAUGUGCAAAACCUGCAUAAGAAGUAAAUUCUGAUUUUAGAAUUUGGUUGACUUCCAUGCCAUCAAAUGUAUUUCCAGUAACUCUAUUAAUGAGAGGUAUAAAGAUGACAUAUGAACCACCAAGAGGUUUAAAAAAUAAUAUGUUGAGAAACUUUUCUUCAAUUGAUGCAAAGAAUUUUGAAUUAUGUAAGAAGCCAGUUGAAUGGAAAAAACUAUUUUUCGGUUUGAAUUUCUUCCAUGCAGUUUGUUUAGAACGUCGUAAAUAUGGACCUCUUGGAUGGAAUAUUCCUUAUGAAUUUACAUCAGCAGAUUUAGCCAUAUCUGUAUCUUAAUUGAAAAAUUUCCUUGAUACAUUUGAAGAUAUUCCAUGGGAAGCUCUUAAUUAUAUGGUUGCUGAAGCUAAUUAUGGAGGUAGAGUCACAGAUCCCAAAGAUAGAAGAUUAAUUGCCAUUCUACUUAAAUAAUUUUACACAACUGAUGUAUUGUAGAUAGAUAAACAUAAAUUAAGUCCAAGUGGUAUUUAUUAUGUUCCUCCAAAUGGAGUAUUAGAAGAUUAUAAAGAAUAUAUAAGAAAUCUACCAUUAAAUGAUUUGACUGAAGUAUUUGGACUACAUGAUAAUGCAGAAAUAUCAUCAGCAAUUAUUGAAACAAAUUUCAUUACAUCAACUAUAUUAUCAUUAUUGCCUAGAUCAACAGGAGGUGCUGGUAUUUCAGCUGAAGAUCUAAUCAAAGAGAAAUGUAAAUAAAUUUUAAUGAAAUUACCUAAAUAAUUUAAUGUUGAGGAUGCUGCUCGUAAACAUCCUGUUUAAUAUAAUUAGAGUAUGAAUACAGUCUUACAACAAGAAUUAAUUAGAUUCAAUAAAUUAUUAUAAGCUGUUACAUAAUCUCUGAUUGAUUUGGGUAAGGCUAUUGAUGGUUUGGUUGUAAUGAGUGCAGAUCUAGAAUAAGUUUUUAAUAAAGUGUUUGAUAAUCAAGUUCCAGAUGUAUGGCAUAAGGUGGCUUAUCCAUCACUUAAACCACUAGGAUCAUGGAUUAAUGACUUUAUUGAUAGAUUGCAUUUUAUGUAAUUGUGGAUUGAAAAUGGAGCACCACCAACCUUCUGGGUAUCUGGUUUCUUCUUUACUUAAUCAUUUUUGACUGGCACACUCCAGAAUUUUGCUCGAAAAGUAUUUAUUUAGUUAAUAUAUAUUUUAGUACUAAAUACCUAUUGAUACACUCUCCUUUGAAUUUAUAGUGAUUCCUCCUUCAUCUCAAGAAUAUGAUCUUACAAAACCACCUGAUGAUGGUUGUUACAUCUAUGGUUUAUUCUUAGAUGGUGCUCGAUGGGAUGAGGAAAAUAGAUGUCUCAAUGAAAGUUUACCAAAAAUACUUUAAUAUAAGGUGCCAUACUUAUGGCUAUUACCAAGUGAAGAGAAGAAGGAUUGGGAAGCUGAUGUUUCUGUAUAAAAAAUGAAUUUAUAUCUAGGUUUAUGAAUGCCCAGUGUAUAAGACAUCUAGAAGAGCUGGUACUCUAUCUACAACAGGUCACUCCACUAACUUUGUUAUUUCUAUAUAUUUACCUAUUUCACCAGAUCAUCAUCCAUAUCAUUGGGUUAAAAGAGGAGUAGCCAUGUUAUGUUAAACUGAUGAUUGAUU